AUAUAAACACAAGAAUCAAGAAGAAGCUUCAUUACGAGACAAUGAGAAAGUAAAUGUGUUUUUAUUUUGGCGAGAGUUGACUAUUUAAACACGUAAGAAAUGAAAGACUCAUUUAUUUGUUUGCUGUUAUUGUUUCACUUAAUUUCCACGCAGCACCAACUACAACAUUGUUAAAGUUAAUGUCAUAAUUUCACAUUCUAUACUUCAUUUCUCUUCUUUUUCUUUUUCUUCUUCUUCUUCUUUAUUACCCAACAAGUUCCUUUCUCUACUCUCUUUAAUAACAUAAUAACAUCCUUUAAAACCACUUCUUUCCAUUCUUCAUUCUUCAAUUAACUUCAACUCUGCAACCACUAAUCCGAUCUAACCAAGACAGUGAGAGUAUUGAGAGAGCUUUGUUUUCUGAAUUUGGUAUUUGACUGACAUUUAUAUCUUGCAAAAAUUUGUGGCAAAGACCCAAUAUUAAUUUGGACUUUAGUUGAUUGAUUCAAUAUAUAUUUGAAGUAAUAUGUCUGCUAAAAUGGUUCACAAAGUUCGGAAAGUUAGAUGUCCUAAAUGCCGGGUACUUCUUCAAGAACCUCAAGGAUAUCAUGUGUACAAGUGUGGUGGAUGUGGCACUAAACUUCAAGCUAAGAAACAAAGUAUGAUUAUGAAAUCAGAAUCCAGUAUACAAGAAAUCAAUGCAGCUCCUAGAAACGGAUUGAAUCCUGCUUCUGAGGGUAGACAAAGUAGCGACAGAGAGCGUCAGGCUCCUCGCCAGAAAGAUAGUUUGAAGGCUAAAGCAACUGCUUCUUCAAGAGAAUGUUAUUCAGAUGGAAAUGGUGAAUACAAUGGCGGUCAGUUAGUACCGUUCAAGUUCUCAGAUGAAGAACUAGAAAGUGAGUCGGACGAUAAAUUGUCACUCAGAAGGCAUAGAGUCUCCAACAAAGGCGGUUCAAAUAAGAUCACUCACUGUGAGAUUGAAGAGAUAAAUAAUGGGGAGUUCUCAUUAGAAAGAUCAAAAGAGGAGUUAAUUUAUUCAUCUGAUGAAGAUGGCAAUGAUGACAAAUCAGCUCUGAUAGGGGACAGUUCUGAAAUGCCAAUUACUGAAAGUAAUUAUCAAGGAGCAGAAGAGUUAAACAAAGGAAACUUGUCACAAGAGGGAGCAGAACAUGAGUUAAUUUCUGGAUCAGAUGAGGAAGAUGCCAAUAAAGAGAAGUCGGUGACAGCAGGUGCAAACCUUGAAAUGGAAAUUAUUGGAAGUGGUUUAAAAGGAGUAGAAGACUUGAAUAAUAGCAACUUGCCACUAAAAGAUGCAGAAGAGGAGUUAAAUUCUGGAAUUGAUGGAGAAGAUGCCAAUAAUGAUAAACCGGUUUUAGUUGGUGAAAACCUUGAGGAGGAAGUUACUGAAAACAAUAUAGCAGGAGAAAAAUUAUAUAAUGGAAAAAGACCACUUGAUAAAGAAGAUCACAACAAUGACCAAUCAGCUAUAGAGGAUACAAAAUCGGAAGUGGACACUACAGAAGGUACUACUACAAAAAAUCCAAGAACUGAAAAUGUGGAUAAAUUAGAUGCCACAGAAUCAAGAGAUCAUAGUUCAGAGCUUAGCGGUGUUCUUGGAAUAGGAAAACUGUCUGAAUCCCCAAUCACCAGAAGCUCUUAUGCUUACAAUGGCAGACUCUCUUCUCAUGAUGGAAUGAAUGAGCGGGCAAAUGAGCGAUUCGCUAUCCAAAGUUUAGAUUCUUUGAAGAACUCUUACACCACUGAUGAGGGAAGGAUCCGAAAGGGUAAAGGCCUUGCUAGUAGCUCCUUAUAUGGUGAUCUUGGAACGCAACAUCAAUCACAUAUACCCCAGGAAAAGCAUCAUGUCAUGAAAGAGAGCAGAAAGAAUCAAAACAAAGUGUUGGAAAAUACAACACUUGGUAAUUACCAUUUGAUGAAAACAAAGAGAGAUCACAAGUUUCCGUCCAAAGUGCCUUUCCCUCGAAGUGGUUACAAUUCACACUAUGAAAAUAUCAGGCCAUCAAAUAGAAUGCAUGAUGAGAGCUCAAGCAUUCUUUCGCAUGACUCACAUGAGGACACUGACAUGGAGAAGGUGAAACUGUUGAGAAUUAUUUAUAAGUUGCAGGAUCAACUUAACAAGACUCGCCAUAUAAGUCAGGAAAGAAAUGGAAACAGUUCUGCUGCAUAUCAUAGCCAUGAACUUCAUGAGGGAAAGUUUUCUCAUGCUCAUGAACAAGACUCUAGGUGUAACGGAAGAUGUAAUAAUCAUGGAAUCACAUGGCACCAAAGGCAUAAAUACUCACGGAGACCUUAUUCAGCUGAGGAAACAAGCUGUGUGCAUGAUGUUGAUCAUUUUUGUUUCCAUUCCCGUUCCCAUGUCUCAGCAGAUUUGUCUCCACGCAUUCUUUUCCAACGUAAAGAUUUAUACAGGUCAUAUCGAGGGAGAGAUUGUUGCUCGUCAAGUCCACAACGCUUCGCAGCCUCUAAACUCCCAUUAUAUGGCAGUGAGACGCAUUCUAAUGAUCAGAGGUAUAGGGCUACAGCGGUGAGGAAAUAUUUAAGGGAGAAACCGAACUUGGCUAAGCGACAUCAGAAGCCAGUAGCAGGUGGAGCUCCUUUUGUCACUUGUCAUAAAUGCUUAAAUCUUCUGCAGCUACCUGCAGAUUUUCUUCUUUAUAAAAGGGCAUGUCAUAAGCUGAAAUGUGGUCAAUGUUCAGAGGUACUCAAGUUUUCACUGAAGAAUGGAAGUCAUGUGGUUCCUUUUUCAUCAAACACUACAGGUCUUCCAUCUAGUGAGAUUCAUCAUCAAAGUGAGGCAAGUAGAGGCGGCAAUCUACCAUCAGUAUCUCAUGUCAACUAUUACCAUUAUUCACCUGCAAAACCUAUUUCAUAUUAUGAUGAUUAUGAGCUAUCCGUCUCUCAAAGCUACUCCUCAGAAGUAGAUCCUGUUUUUCUUACCGAACAAUUUCAUCACUUGCAUGGCAAUGAAUAUGUUAACCCAAACGUCUCUCCUAGCUCAACAUUUAAGGAGAAUAUUGCUUCAAGAUAUUCUAGUACACCCAAGGCUCCAAUGGAGACAGAUGAAUCAGCUGAAUUUUCCUCCAAUAUGUCUGAAUCUAGGAAUUUGCCAGCAGAAAAGGUGGCAAUGCCACAACUAAGAAGUUCACCUCAUAAACUGAUGGGUUAUUCUACACCAAGUCAAGUGAUAAGAGGGACAUCUUGUUGAAGGCAAAGGAGCUGGAACUCAAUUCAGAAAAUGAUCCGAGUAAAGAAAGAGUCAUAAUUCACUUUAAAACUGAAAUGUUGGCCAUCAAGAAUUCAGCUAUAGAUGUAUUCAGAAGCAGUAGCUACAUUACUCAAUUUUAUGUAUACCAGAUUGCCAGUUCUUGAACAGAGAUAAGAUCAUUGUUGUAAAAAUAUUCUUUUUGUGUAUAAAUGAUUUAAUUUGAUUAUUUUUUGUAAUACUUGAUGUGAAUAUAUCAAGGUAUUUUUAAAAAU